UACGUCGAUCAUCGGCAUCAGAAUCAGAUUUUGUUUUUGGUUUCAAUUGUGUGUCUUUGCUAUGAGAAUUUUUUAUUUUGAAAUUUUACUGUUAUCUUUUCAUCCAAUGUGUGUUGAUGAUUUCAUCCCAUUUCAUUAUCAUCCAUCCAUCGAUUCAUCGAAUUAUUUACACUUGAUGGUUCAUUGUGAGCAGCAGACACACAAACUCACGAUCCAUCGAUACAGAACACAUGAUGACAACAGUUUGCAGCCUUGCAGUUUGAAUUGUUGAUCCGAUUGUUUCAGAUUUUCAGAUGACAAUGACUUUUAUUCACAUUUCAAAUUUGUUCGAUUUUGAUGACGACGACGAAUAAAUUUUUCUGAUUUUUAUUCUUCUUUCAGUGUGUGUGUCAUUCAAGUGUGUUUCAUGUGUUGAUUGUCGAUAAUCUUAUUCUACCUACCUACAUUUGUUUUGAUUCUGGCCAAAACAUCGAUUAUGCCUUGACACGUCGUCGGUAUUUUUUUAUUUUUCUUAAAACGAAUGAAUAUUUGAUCACCAGAAACGAUCCUGGAUCGAUAAAAUUCCCUGUUUUAUUUAUUGAUUCUCUUGAUAUCUUCAUAUCAAAAAGAUGGAUAAAAAUAGUCGAUCAACAUUGGGCAAAAAAGAUCUUGGCAAUGGUGGUCAAAUGAUGGUACCAUUUCAAGGUAUCGGUACAAGAUUACGACGUUCACGUAGUAAAGAUCAAUCCACGGAUAAUUUAUCCAGUAAUAAUUUAGAGAUUGCCAACCUAAAACGUUUACAACUACAGCAACAACAACAAUUUAUUUUAUCAAAUCAUCAAAAUAAUGGUUAUAAUGAUGGUGGCCUAACCAAUCUAUAUUCAUCAUCAGGCACAUUGGAGCGAUUGAAAUAUUAUUAUGGAAAUGCACAACAGCCAACAUCGACGGCGUUCGAUCACCAUAAUAGUUCGUUUAUAAAUUCAUCGAUUCCUCAUCAACAACAAUUUGAUCAGCGAUUAGCAAUGAAAAAUGGCAAUAGCGGUGGUUCAUCAUUAGCAUUGUAUGAUGAAUCGCGUUUACUAUCACAACAACAUCAAUAUGAAGAACCCCAAUAUUUGAUUGAUGCUAAUUAUCGUACACGGCAACAAAAAGAUUUAUAUGGGAAAUUUAACAAUUGCCCGUCAAAAUUGAAUGAUUUAAAUCAUCGAAAUUUGACAAUAAUACCUCCAAGUAAAUUAUUCGCCAAAACAUUAUCAACAUCAUCAUCAUGUAAGUUUGUUUCAAGUUUGUUAUUGAUUUUGAUUUGA